AUGAAAGAAACAUGUGAACAAUUACGCGCUUUUGAUAUGUUAGCAAGGCGUAAUGCUCAAAAUAUCAUUCGAAUAAAUCGACAAAUAAUAAAUGCCCCUGGUGUUCCAAAUAAUCCACGUUUAACACCAGCUGUACCAAAUAACUCAUUUAUACCAUAUGCAUAUGACUGUAUGGAUAUGCACUGCUUGUGCCCAUAUUUUAGAGGAAUGACAGCGCCAGAUGGACGUUGUUUUCUUACUAACGGAAUGGAAUUGCGUCGAACAGUGCGUAAAGAAAUUCGUAUGUUAACGAAUGAUGAACUGCAAAGAUUGAAUAAUGCUAUUAGACAAUUGAAACUGAGCGCUAUAUAUGAUCAGUUAGCUAAUAUUCAUAGACAAUUCGCAUCAGGUACAGGAGCACAUUCCGGUCCAGCAUUUCUACUUUGGCAUCGUGAAUUCUUAAAAAGAUAUGAAAUCUCCUUGCGGCUAAUUGAUCCAACUGUAGCGAUACCAUAUUGGGAUUCUGUAAUGGAUGGUUUUCUACCAGAUCCAAGAGACUCGGUUUUGUGGACACCUUAUUUAUUUGGUGAAACUGAUCAGGCUAACAAUGUUGUUACUGGUCCUUAUGGAAAUGAUUUUCGAACUCUAGAAGGCAAUCCUUAUAUUACCAGGAAUUUGGGUAUUGAAGGUCAUCUUUUCACUGAAAAAAAUCUUCAAGAUUUUUAUAAUAAACAGAGUAUCGAUGGAGUCUUGGCUUAUACCGCACCACAAAGUGGAUGUAUUUAUCCCCCAAACUUUGGUGCACUCGAAUACAGUCAUGCGAGUGUACAUUCUUGGGUUGGUGGAGAUAUGAAACCUCCACGAAGGUCAGCAAACGAUCCCAUUUUUUUUUUUCACCAUUCAUUUGUGGAUUUCAUUUUCGAACAAUGGCGACAGACAAAACAAAAUCGUUUUCAACGUGAACAUCAAUAUUCACCGAAUAUUGAACAGUGUUCAAGUCCUUUACAUUUUUCACAUGCUCCAAUGCGACCAUUUAAUAUUUUGAAUAUACAAGGUUUAUCGAAUAGCUAUACUGAUUAUAUGUAUACUUAUGAACCACGACCAACAUGUAGCAUAAGGAGCCCAUCAUGCAAUUCGCAAUAUUUGUUCUGUAGUAUCCGUAAUGGUAUCUCUCGUUGUAUAUCGAAGGUAAAAAUGAAUGGAAAUUGCCGAGGGUUUGAGCAAGAUGAUGCCUGUUACAAUGGAAUGUGUAUUAAUGGCAUUUGCAGACCUCCACCGUCGACUUUGGUAACUUUCCAGCAUUUUAUUUGUCCUCUACAGUUGAGGAAGCAAUACUUACCAUUUAUGUAG